GUGGACAGGGAAGCAAUCCGUGUCCCCGGAUUGCUGGAACACAACCACCACCGGCCAUUUCCAGCAGGCUCGAGGACAUCAUGAAGAGUUGGAAUGGACAUGAUGACGCACGGAUUGCACCUCAGCGGGCUCCCUCAGGCGCUCGCUUCCUGACUGCUGCCUUUGUUGCACUUGUCCUUGUGGCUGGAUUAGAUACCAUCUUUCCCAGCUUCCAGCAUCGAUACAUUCCGAACGUCGGUAACAAGCCACGGGUAGGAAUCAGCCACGGCUCGAAAUCGUUCGAAUGGUCUCAGAUUGAGGCCCAGGAAUAUCUCGAGUUCCAUGAAUGCUUUGACGGUUUUGAGUGUGCGAAAUUGAGCCUACCAUUGGACUAUUUCAAUGGCACGUUUCCAGACGCCACUGUUAGUGUGGCAAUUGCGAAGCUGCCUGCGAAGGUAUCCAUCAAUGACCCCAGAUACGGAGGUCCGAUUCUGCUCAACCCGGGCGGACCAGGGGGGCCAGGAGCGCAAUUCGCGCUAUCCACAGCCAAAUCACUACAGUGGGUGGUGGACGCAGAUUCGAAACCCACCUCAGCGGAAGAUGAUUCCCGAUUCUUCGAUAUAAUCGGUUUCGAUCCUCGCGGUAUCGGCGAGACUACGCCCGCCGCCACAUGUAUCUCAGAUGCUGCCGCAGCGUGGUCCUGGAGACUGAGAGAGUCCGAAGAAGGUAUCUUAGGCAGCUCAGACGCCGCGCUCGGUCGAUUGUGGUCUAUGACCCAUGCGCUCGGUUCUUCGUGCAGACUAGCUAUGGACGAGGAGGACGGUCCAGACGUGAAGCAGUACAUGACCACUGCCUUUGUUGCUCGAGAUAUGCUCGAGAUUGUCGAAAGACAUGCUGAGUACAAUGUGCAUAAGGUCGCACGAGAAACGCACAACAACGGAAAACGUUCCGGCCCUCACACUAAUUCACACCCAAAAUAUACUCCAGGAGAAGCUAAGCUACAGUACUGGGGAUUUUCCUACGGAACAUUUCUUGGCUCCACGUUCGCGUCCAUGUUUCCAGAUCGAGUUGGCCGAGCCGUGCUCGAUGGUGUUGUUAAUGAAUGGGACUACGUCCAUUCCUUAGGUAACGGGAGUCUGGUAGACAGCGAAAAAGCCAUGGAGUCUUUCUAUUCCUACUGUCUACUUUCUGGAUCAACAGUUUGCCCCUUAGCACUGGAAAAUACCACUACUACCGCGGAGAUCAAAGAGCGCGUCGAGAGGAUCAUAAACUCGCUUUACCAUAAUCCAUUCAUCCUCGCUUCAGCAGAUGGCCCAGAGGUCUUCACUUACUCUGACCUCAAAAGUACCAUCUUCAGCAGCAUCUAUCAACCACACAUCACAUUUGAGAUUCUUGGGCAACUGCUUGCACAGCUCGAAGCUGGUCAUGGUGAUUUGAUCGACUACCUGUCAAAACCCUUCCGGCUUGAUCACACGCUAUCGUGUGAUGUUAAUGGGAAUGUCAACCCUAGCAUCUCGUAUACCAAUGAUGUUCCGACAUUCGCCAUCCUGUGCGCCGACGGCAUAGAUCAGCAGAACCUGAGUCCCAAUGAGUUUGUCGAGUACUGGCAUCUUCUACAGACUAUCUCGUAUCCAGCUGGAGACCUAUGGGCAAUGCUGAAGAUGAAGUGUGCCGCUUGGAAAAUUACCGCAAGCUACAAAUUCGAUGGGGAGUAUGGAGGUAACACAAGCUACCCGAUUCUGUUUGUUAGCAACACCGCGGAUCCCGUCACACCGCUGCGAAGCGGGAGAAUUAUGCAGUCCAAAUUCCCCAAUAGCAGGCUUCUUGUCAACGAUCAGGCGGGUCAUUGCUCUUUUUCGGCUACAAACCUGUGCGCAUAUGAAAGGAUCAAGGCGUAUUUCCAGACAGGCGCGUUGCCUGCGAAGGAUACACUUUGCGUACCUCCACUCAGUACUUUCUCACUGAACUCAACGGAUCCGGCCUCUCCGUUUUAUGAUCCCACACUUGGAACCAGCACUCAGAUAUUCGCUGACUCCAAAGCUCACACAGAACAGCAGAAUAUGCACGAUGCGGCGAAUAAGUUAAGGCGUGUGAUGGCAGAAAGUGACAUAUUUGGUUUCAGUAGCCUGAUCGGUAACAAGAGGGCCGUGAAACUGCAGCAGUUGGCUGCCUCAAGACAUCACAAUUAAGCACAGAGCAAGAAGGGGAAGAUUAAUCAUUUGCCAUUGCCUGGGCACCUCAGCAUUGGGGUGUGGAUAGGGCCAUACAUUCGUUAUUAGAC